AUGGAUUGGGCAACUCAAAUUUAUCGAUACGCUGCGAUCGUUGGAAUUCCUAUUUUCAUAUUUGGGCUAGUAGUCAAUUUGAUCAUUUUAUACCUUUUCUUUUUCGAUAAAAGCUUUCGAAAAACAUCUUAUAAAUUAAUGCGUAUUUCUGUUGUAUCCGAUAUCAUAUCGACUGUUGCAUCACUAACUGGUUAUGUUCAGAUUGUAAAUCGCAAUUUAAAUUACAGUGGUGGCACAUUGAUGUGUCGUGUGGUGCUAUGUUCUUUAUUUACCUCAUUUGGAGUCUCCAUGAUGAAUCUAUGCUUGAUUGGCAUCGAUCGGUAUUUUAUAAUCGUUAGACCGCUAUCAUCAUAUUAUCGUCAUAAUAAGACCUCUAUUCUGGUCAUUGGUGAAAUUAUAAUUUGGUUAGCUUCGGCUAGUAUCAACGCACCGGUUCUUAUCAUUGUAGGAGUUCAUCAGAACGAUACAUUACUUUGUGAUAUUCCAGAUAUUACGCCAUCAGUUUCAGUGUUCAUGAUAUUUCAUGCAACAAUUGUAUUUAUUAUUCCAACUAUCAUUAUUUUAAUUCUAUACGGGAAAAUAAUUACUUAUCAGAAAUCGUACGUUCGACCUGGCGAAGUACUACAAAGUCAGGCCGUACGAAACCAGCAGAAAAAGAAACAAUUUGUAAAGAUGCUCACUUGGAUUUCAGUCUCUUACAUUACACUUAGUUGGCCCUACUUUGCUACUGGCUUCGGUAUGGCAAUAACAGGCCAAUCGACGCUUCAAAUUCGUCAGAAGAGUAUGGUCAAUUUUUUGUUUGCAUUUUUCACCGUCACGAUAACGACAUCAAUUGUUAUUUUAAAUCCCUUUCUAUAUAUAAAAUUCGAUUUAAAGGUGAGGCGAAAAUCACUUGCGCUAAUUCGACGAAUAGCGUUAUGUAAAUUUGACAAAAGAGACGAGUCUGUGAUUCAAGUAACUUCUACUGGAUCGACCCUGAAUUCUAUCAGCGUAAAUAGAAAUUAA